GCCGGGAUGUUCCGUGACCAUUUACACUAGAAAUAACCACUACUUUACAGUAUGGAAUAAAUAAACAACGAGUAUGCAAUGAAACAGUGUAUACUACUUUUUAAUAUUGCUACACAUAUUUGAUAUAGGUUGCGUUAGCCUUAAUCCGACACUUCCUCCUCUUUCCACUUUUAGGCGUUUGUACAGCUGUAAACAAAUCCAAAAACGGGUCUGUAGGGGGAGAUCAACCCUGCAAUUCAACACCACCGACUGGAAAACAUGAAAUUGCGACCCUCUGACCCCGCCGAAACAAACAAAAGACACUGUAACAAAGAGAAACGUGUUUACAAUGUGCAAAACAAUAGAGAUAAUAGAAUUAAAAGAGGUAACGUUACAAUAGGACCGGCUUCAUUCGGUAACAAAACAGCCCCCCGUACACGUAUGAAUAAAUGAAACUUUGCACAUUGCAAAGUGACAGCGUUAGAUUUGUAGGAAUUUGGAUCGGUGGACUUUGAAGAGCUUCACCUGCGGUUCGAUCAUGACUUUACUGCCGAGGAUCGUGCGGUGGGUUGAGAGAAGCGCUCCCUUUCACUUUAAAUGUAGUGCCAACAUGUCCAUGAAUAACAGGAGACUUCGAGUCCUGGUGGACAUGGACGGUGUGAUCGCGGAUUUCGAGGGAGGAUUUUUAAAGAAAUUCAAGGCGAGGUAUCCGAACGAGCCGUAUUUAUCUUUAGAGGACAGACGAGGCUUCUGGGUGUCGACGCAGUACGGUGAUCUGAGAAGCGACCUGUGUGACAAGGCCAUCAGCAUUUGGGAGUCAAAGAACUUCUUUAUCGAGCUGGACCCUGUUCCUGGAGGAGUGGAGGCUGUGAAGGAGAUGUUCAAGAUGGAGAAUACAGAUGUCUUCAUUUGCACCAGUCCAAUAAAGCAUUACAGCUACUGUCCAUACGAAAAGUAUGCAUGGGUAGAGAAACACCUGGGCCCUGAGUUCCUGGAGCAGAUCAUCCUGACCAGAGACAAGACCAUAGUGACCGGAGACAUUCUCAUUGAUGAUAAACCUGAUAUCCUGGGUGUGGAGCCCAAUCCUUCCUGGGAGCACAUCCUUUUCACUGCCUGUCACAACAAGCAUCUGCCACCAAACCCCUCCCAAAGGCGACUUCUGUCCUGGGCGGAUGAUUGGAGGGGUAUGCUGGCAAGUAAGCGCCAACAACGAGACAACCCAUAAUGUGACAUCUUGCACUGGGUGCCAUCAUACAUCUUUACUGGUGCACAAUUAAGUACAUUGUGUGAUAAUAAUAUGAAAUAUAAAACAGGCCUCAUAUACAUUACACUCUAAAGGUCCAAAAUAAUGCCUGCUAUUUAACAUGGUGAUUGACUUCCCAGACAUUGAUGAAAACAGUAGAAAGUAAUCUUGAGUUAUACAAACAAGUUUGUAAGAUUGCAAGUGUUUUAUUUAAUCGUCCUUGCAAAACUUUUAGCUUCAUGUUAGUUUUGUUUAUUUUGCUUUCAACUGAGGGUUCUAAUUUUUGUUUACAUCUAGUUUACUUUAAGCAUAAACUGCCUUUCAAUUCAGUAUCUAGGAGGACAAGAGGAAUUGUCUACAAGCAAGGGAGAACAUUUAAAUGUACUAUUUCCACUCCUGUCUAACCUCACAAAUAUUUACAAAUAUUAGUAUUAGUAUGAGCUGCUUUCAAACCCACUAAGAUUUAUCACUGGUCACUAUUUUUUUAUGGGAGUUUGUGAAAAACAUGGAUGCAUAUUUAUAUGAUUUUAAUUCAGGGAGAACAUUAUACUCAAAAAUGGUCAUUUUUAUUGCUAUAUAUCAUAAUUCAGAUAUUUAGUGAGUCUCAUUAGUUGUCUAGAUCAGGCUAAACCAUGCCAAACCACUGCAUGUUUAGUUUAUGUACUGUGACUGCAGAACAAAACAUUGGAAGGUUUUUGGGCAAAUAGCACUCUUAACACUAGAGGGCAGUCUGAGCACAUUUAUUCAUGAGAACACCUAUGUUGCUUUGUUCAGAUUUUGGUCAAUGAUUUAUUAGUUUGCAGCAUGGAUCUUUUAAUAAACCUUUUAUGCCUUGAGGGUAGAUGUUUCAGUUAA